CACUUCUGCCCCGAGUGUCACCGAGAACCGGGCCAAUGCAGCUAAAAAUCUGUUUUCUUAUAUUCCCCGUCUCUCUCCUCCUUCUCUCCCUUGCUUGCUCCGGCGACGGAGCUACUGUCGGAGGAUGGCAGCCGAUUAAGGAUCUGAAUGACUCACACGUGAAGGAGAUCGCCAAGUUUGCGGUGUCAAGAGUUCAACAAGCAGUCAAAUAAGAAUCUGAAACUGAACCGCAUCGUCAAGGGAGAGCAACAGGUUGUUUCGGGUGUGAAAUACCGGCUGACUGUGAACGUGAAAGAUGGUGCAGAGAGUAAGAGUUACGAGGCUAUCGUGGUGGAGAAGACUUGGUUGAAAUCCAGGCAACUCAUCUCAUUUAAGCCUGCUAAUUAAUUAGACUAAAUUAAGUAAUGAUAUAAGU